UGGGGAAGUAAGUUGGUGCCUCCGGAGCUCGCGGUCAGCCCCAGGCUCGCGAGAGGAGCAGCCCCCCAGAUCCCGCCGGGUCUGGCAGCCGGACCGAACCGCCCGAGAUCAUGGCACUGGCAUGGCAGCCCCUGCCCCGAUUCCUCACCAGGGCUCUGCUGGCGUCCGUCCUCCUGGCUGAGAACUUCUCCCUGGCGGGAGCCUUGGAGACGGUGCUGGAAAGCAACGUGAGCUGCCAAGGGUCCAACACGUGCCACCCGGGGGUACUGCUGCCCGUCUGGCAGCCGGACAACCCCUCCUUCGGCGACAAAGCUGCGCGGGCCAUAGUCUACUUCGUGGCCAUGAUGUACAUGUUCCUGGGGGUCUCCAUCAUCGCCGACCGCUUCAUGGCCUCCAUCGAGGUCAUCACCUCCAAGGAGAAGGAAAUCACCGUCACCAAGGCCAACGGGGAGACCAGCAUCGGCACGGUGCGGAUCUGGAACGAGACGGUCUCCAACCUGACCCUGAUGGCGCUGGGCUCCUCCGCCCCCGAGAUCCUGCUCUCUGUCAUCGAGGUGUGUGGGCACAACUUCCAAGCCGGGGAGCUGGGGCCCGGCACCAUUGUGGGCAGCGCCGCCUUCAACAUGUUCGUGGUGAUCGCCAUCUGCGUUUACGUCAUCCCCGCCGGCGAGAGCCGCAAGAUCAAGCACCUGCGGGUCUUCUUCGUCACGGCCUCCUGGAGCAUCUUCGCCUACAUCUGGCUCUAUCUGAUCCUGGCGGUCAUCUCCCCGGGCGUGGUGCAGGUCUGGGAAGCUCUGCUGACCCUCGUCUUCUUCCCGGUCUGCGUGGUCUUCGCCUGGAUCGCCGACAAGCGGCUCUUCUUCUACAAGUACGUCUACAAGAGGUACCGCGCCGACCCGCGGAGCGGCAUCAUCAUCGGCACCGAAGGGGAGUUCCCCAAGGACAUCGAGAUGGAUGGCAGCUUCCUGGCCAAUGACCACCGGGAGAACGUCUUCAUGGACGGGGCGGCGUCCGCGUCCCCGGCCCUGGCCUCCUCCACCCAAGAGGAGAAAGAGCUGGACGAGAGCCGCAAGGAGGUGAUCCAGAUCCUCAAAGACCUCAAGCAGAAGCACCCGGACAAAGAGCUGGAGCAGCUGGUGGAAAUGGCCAACUACUACGCCCUGCUGCACCAGCAGAAGAGCCGAGCUUUCUACCGCAUCCAAGCCACCCGCAUGAUGACCGGGGCUGGGAACAUCCUGAAGAAACACGUCUCGGAGUUCUCCAAAAAGUCGUCCAACCUUCUGGAGGCGCCGUCGGAGGCGGAGGAGGAGAACUACAGCAAGAUCUUCUUCGAGCCCUGCCUGUACCACUGCCUGGAGAACUGCGGCUCGGUCACGCUGACCGUGGCCUGCCAGCAGGGUGGGGAGGGCAACCACACCUUCUACGUGGACUACAAGACGGAGGACGGCUCGGCCAAGGCGGGCUCCGACUACGAAUAUAGCGAGGGGACGCUGAUCUUCAAGCCGGGCGAGACGCAGAAGGAGCUGAAGAUUGGCAUCAUCGACGAUGACAUCUUCGAGGAAGACGAGCACUUCUUCGUCCGCCUGCUCAACCUGCGGGUGGGGGACGCCGAGGGCAUGUUCGAGUCCGACUCGGCCGACCACCCCAAGGGGCGGCUGGUGGCCCCGCUGAUCGCUACCGUCACCAUCCUGGACGACGACCAUGCCGGCAUCUUCACCUUCCAGGACAAGCUGUUGCGCGUCAGCGAGUGCCAGGGCACCAUGGAGGUGAAGGUGGUGCGGAGCUCCGGGGCGCGGGGGACGGUGAUCGUCCCCUACCGGACGGUGGAGGGGACGGCUCGCGGAGCGGGCAUCGACUACGAAGACGCCUGCGGGGAGCUGGAAUUCAAGGACGACGAGACGGUGAAAAGCCUGCAGGUGAAGAUUGUGGACGAUGAAGAGUAUGAGAAGAAGGACAACUUCUUCAUCGAGCUGGGGCAGCCGCGCUGGCUGAAACGGGGCAUCUCGGCUCUCUUGCUAACUCAAGCCGACGGGGACAAGAAGCUCUCGGCAGAGGAGGAGGAAGCCUGGAGGAUCGCCGAGAUGGGCAAGCCGAUCCUGGGGGAGAACUGCCGGCUGGAAGUCAUCAUCGAGGAGUCGUACGACUUUAAGAACACCGUGGACAAGCUGAUCAAGAAAACCAACCUGGCCCUGGUCAUCGGCACCCACUCCUGGAGGGAGCAGUUCCUGGACGCCAUCACCGUGAGCGCAGGUGACGAGGAGGAGGAGGAGGACGGGCGGGAAGAGAAGCUCCCGUCCUGCUUUGACUACGUGAUGCACUUCCUGACGGUGUUCUGGAAGGUGCUGUUUGCCUGCGUGCCGCCCACCGAGUACUGGAACGGCUGGGCCUGCUUCAGCGUCUCCAUCCUGGUGAUCGGGCUCCUCACCGCCCUCAUCGGGGACCUGGCCUCCCACUUCGGCUGCACCGUGGGCCUCAAGGACUCCGUCAACGCCGUGGUCUUCGUGGCCCUGGGCACCUCCAUCCCGGACACCUUUGCCAGCAAGGUGGCCGCCCUGCAGGACCAAUGCGCCGACGCCUCCAUCGGCAACGUGACGGGGAGCAACGCGGUGAACGUGUUCCUGGGCCUGGGCGUGGCCUGGUCGGUGGCCGCCAUCUACUGGGCCGCGCAGGGCCAGGACUUCCGGGUGCAGACGGGCACCCUGGCCUUCUCCGUCACCCUCUUCACCAUCUUCGCCUUCGUCUGCAUCAGCGUCCUCAUGUACCGCCGCCGGCCGAGCAUCGGGGGCGAGCUGGGGGGCCCCCGGCCGGCCAAGCUCCUCACCGCCGGCCUCUUCCUGGGCCUCUGGUUCCUCUACAUCCUCUUCUCCAGCCUCGAAGCCUAUUGCCACAUCCGGGGCUUCUGAGCCAGCCUCGCGGGGGGGGGGGGGCACUGCCCCCGUCCACCGGCCCCUUUGCCCAGUGACAC